AUGACUAUACUUUACAAGAGGGUCCACUCGGUUAAUGCAUUUAAAGAUAAUAUUGGUGCUUCUAAUCCGGUUAUCGAGGCGGUCUUUGAUUUGUUGGUCACUGUUCUGGUUCCAUUGAUUUUAUUCGUCGAUGUUGAUAAGAAAGAUUUGAAGGAGAACCCUUUAUUGAGUCGUAUAUCCGAAAAACUUCUUUUAUGCCUUCGAAAUCUUCCACAUUUAGCAGUAUUAGCUUUGCACAUUUGGUUCUGUGUCAAAGCUUAUCAAACUACCCAUGAUCUCUUUUUUAUUGCAUACUUCGUUUCAAAAUUAGUAUUUACUUAUACGCUAAUCAUAACAUGGAUGUUUUUAAAAUGCAUAUUUAAAAAAAAUGAUAGAAAACUUAUAUCUAUCGUUAUCGGUACUUUACUUUCGACUUAUUUAAAUAUCAUCAUAGACUUCAUCUUUCUUUUCAUAGCCGUAAGGCGGGACUAUGUUGACAAGUCAACUUUAUCUUUUGUGUUAGUGCCUAUUAUAAUAGCCUCUUUUGCUGGUAUUUUGAUGUUUGCAUGUAAAUUUUUUCUGGAUGAUGAGGCAGCGUGUAAGAAUGUUGGGUCACAAAAAGCGCUUAGUCGAGAAAUUUUACAGAAAUUCGAAAGGGGAAGGUGGAUAAGAGAUUUUUGUGAAGUCUUGUUAGAAUGCACAAUCGUUGGGCCUUCGGUUCUUUGGAUAAAAGCUUUUGUCACAUUAAAGCUUAUGGCAUAUAUAAUAGAAGAACAAAUCAAAAAGGCCACUACAGAGAGUCCUUACCCGCCUCCUCAAUAUUCAACACAGCGUCCAAAAGGUCGCAGAGUACCGAUAACAAAAGGACAACAGAAACAAACGCAAAUCAAGCUAGACAAAUGA